AUGUCGGGAGACCCUCGGCUUGCGCGCCUUCAAAGGCGGACUGCCACACCUCAACCCUCUCCGACCCCAGUGCCUUCAACACCUCCAUUCCAAGAACAGUCCAACCCACAGAACACAGUAGCCAGCGUCGAUGGCACCCUCGAUACACCUACCUCCAGUGCUUCUGCCGCACGCCCAACCGAAAAAAACAACUUCAAGCUAAAAUUCUGCACCGUGUGUGCAUCCAACAACAAUCGAAGCAUGGAAGCGCACCUCCGUCUGUCGACUUCCGAUCACCAAUACCCCGUAAUAUCCUUUGGAACAGGCUCAUACGUCCGCCUACCCGGGCCAUCCAUCUCGCAACCGCAAGUCUACAACUUCAACACAACCUCAUACACCAAAAUGCACGACGAGCUGCAAGCGCAAGACGCACGGCUAUACCGCAACAACGGAAUCCUCAACAUGCUGGACCGCAACCGCAACAUCAAAUGGGGGCCGGAGCGGUUCCACGACUGGAUCGUCGGCGCGGCGCGCAUGGACGCCCUGACACGGGGUGACAAAGGUGCCGACGGCGCGGAAGGCGGCGUCGUGGAUGUGAUCUUCACGUGCGAAGAGCGCUGCUGGGACGCCGUGGUCGACAACCUACUCGACAGGGGCGCUCCGCUGAACAGGCCCGUACACGUCUUCAACGUCGACAUUAAAGAUAAUCACGAGGAAGCGCUUGUCGGAGGCGGCGCGAUCCUCGAGCUCGCCGACGCGCUCAACGAGGCUGCUAGCCAGGAGCGCCAGGCUAAUGGAGCCUCUGGAUGGGAGAACGGGACGGGCGCCGCGAGGCUGGGCUUCGACGAGCGUGUCCCUGAUAUCCUCGCAGCUUGGCAGGAACGGUGGCCCAAUCUCCCUGCUCAGUGGACCUUGUCUUGGUUUUAG